AUGUCUUCUUCAAUGCGGCAUUCUCUCAAAUCUGGAUUGAGAUCUAGCAGAGCCCAACCUAGGCUUUUACAAACCUCAUCAUGGAGACAGUCCACUUUCGGUAGCCAGCGAACAUUUGCGACAUCUGGCAUGUGUCCCGCUAUAAACAAGAUCUGUGGUUCAGCUGCAGAGGCAAUUGCGGACAUGAAAAGCAACAGCACUGUGCUGGUAGGAGGCUUUGGGCUCUGUGGUGUUCCAAACACUUUGAUCAAUGAAGUGCGCGCAAACAAAUCACGUAUCACCGGUCUUACUGCAGUUUCAAAUAAUGCUGGAACCAACGGUUCCGGUCUCAGCCUGUUGCUGGAGACUCGACAGAUUAAGAAGAUGGUUGCCAGUUACAUCGGAGACAACAAGAUAUUUGGAUCGCAAUAUGGAAAUGGAGAACUAGAAGUGGAACUAACUCCUCAAGGCACGAUUGCUGAGAAGUGCCGCGCAGGUGGUGCAGGUAUUCCAGCCUUUUACACUCCAGCUGCUAUGGGUACUGUCGUGCAGACCGGUGAGCUGCCGACAAAACAUCAUCCAGACGGCACACCCGCAGAGUUUUCACUACCAAAGGAUGUCAAAAUCUUCAAUGGAAAGCCUUAUCUUCUUGAAGAGGCAAUCAAUGGAGACUAUGCAUUCAUCAAGGCGUUUAAAGCAGACAGACUGGGUAAUUGCCAGUUUCAUCUAUCCGCGGCCAAUUUUAACGGGCCCAUGGCACGCAAUGCCAAGAUGACAAUAGUUGAAGCUGAGCACAUUGUUGAAGUUGGAGAUCUGAAGCCAAACGAGAUUCAUUUACCGGGAAUAUAUGUUAAGCGCGUCAUCCUGUCGCAAGUUCCCAAGGCCAUCGAGAAAUACGUGAAUUCGAAGGAGUUGGACGUCUCGACACAUUUAGCUUCACCGGCCCCUUCUUCACCAGGAAACAACAACAGAGAAAAAAUUGCACUUCGUGCAGCCAAAGAGUUCAAGAAUGGCAUGUAUGUCAAUCUCGGAAUUGGCAUUCCGGUGUUGGCGAGCACUUUUGUGCUCCCUGAAGUCGAGGUCUUGCUCCACUCUGAGAAUGGGAUUCUCGGAUUAGGACCAUAUCCAAAGAAAGGCGAAGAAAACCCCGAUUUGAUCAACGCUUCCAAGGAAACAACUACAAUUAUUCCGGGAGCCUGCACUUUCUCGAGUGAUGAGAGUUUUGGUAUGAUUCGAUCUGGCAGAAUUGAUCUCACCAUUCUUGGUGCCAUGCAAGUAAAUGCGACCGGAGAUCUUGCUAACUGGAUGCUGCCAGGAAAAGUAAAAGGCUUUGGCGGAGCCUUGGACUUGGUUUCCAACCCUGAGAAAACCAAGGUUGUCGUGACUAUGGAGCACACAGAUCGGAAAGGAAACCCCAAAAUCGUCCGCCAGUGCACAUUUCCACUCACCGGUAGGCAAUGUGUUUCGACCAUUAUUACAGAGUUGGGAGUGUUCGACGUUGACUGGAAAGAGGGACUGACACUGCGGGAAAUUGCCAGCGGUGUCACAGUCGAUGAAAUUAAAAGCAAGACUGAAGCCCCGUUCAAAGUUGUAGAAGACCUCAAGAUUAUGGAUAGCUAG